CUGGGCGUCCACUGGACGCACUCCAGACAUUUUUCCUGACAAGGUAUUUGAGUGGCGGUAAAUACGAGUAUUCUUCGUGCAAAAGGCUAAAAUGUCAUCCUCUGAUUUUAAUACUGUGUGUGCACGCAAAAACUGCACAACGUUCUCCCUGUGCCAUCGGACCUCUUUGUUCACAUUCGUCGCGCAUGUUCGCUUCGACCUCUAGAUACUCACUCCUCUUGCUCCCGCAGUCUCCAGUAGGAAAAAGUGAAUUCGGCAUGAAGUCUUUUCUGGUCAUUCUUCACUGCUUCUCACUGCUCCUAUUUAUGGAAGUGGAAGGGAUGACCACGGACGCGGACCAUUUUGAUGAGGUAGUUCGGACAACAAAACAGGUUCCUGAAGUGGGAGACAGCUUUAGCAACGUCACGGCCAUGAGCCUCACAACAGGCACGAUGGGUAAUGGAGAAGACCAGUCGAUUCGACCCGGUGAGAGUCAAGUGAUGGACGAAAGAAAGAUGCUGAAGGACGAGAUCAUCCCUCACUCUCCCCUCCUUAAUAUGGUCCUUAUUAACCGGCAAAUCCCGAAUGAACUUCCCAACUUUCCUCGGAGAACAGAACAAGGAGAAGCAGAGCUGUCCAUGCAAAGCGCCAUGCUUCCGAGGUCCAUCCCAAACCCAAUCGUGCAACGGCAGCCGUCGAAGCGCUGCGAUGUUCCCGUUCCCGGGCUGAGCAAGAUGGCGAGAGGAGUUGAUAUCACCCAGUUGGAUUUGACUCCUCUUGACUUCGCGGGACAGGAUGGAUUCAAGCGCCCACUCUUCGACUUCACUUGCGACCAAGGCCAUAAAAUCAUCCUGGAAAAAGCAGAGUACCAGUUACCGGACCAAAUAUGGGAGGUAACACACAUCCCGGGAGGCUGGCUCGCAUCAAACGUGCGGAUCUACAAAUCCUACCAGGAGAUCAAGGGUUCCAUGGCAUUUGAAGUGGGCGGUGAGCUGAGCCUAAAGAAGUUCGGGUUCUCUGCCAGUCGUUCUUACGAGCACAUGCAGAACACCAUCACUAACACGUCCCACUACCUCGAGGAAGUGUCUUCCUUCGACUCGGCCGUACGGGCAGACUUUGUGCCAGAGUGGGUGCUCACUCUUGGGAGGUUUCCCAAGAUGUUUGUCGAGAACUAUCUGCCGGAAAACUACACGCAAGACCCUGCUGCUUACGAGAAAUUCAUUGCAUAUUUCGGAACGCACUAUUUCCAACACGGAAACUUUGGAGGUGUCAUUAAGAUGCAUUUGGAGACUCGAACGGAUUAUUUCAAUGGGAAGACAGACGCACAAGUUAAAGCACAGGCCCAAGCGUCCUUUCUGAAAUUUCUUUCGAUCAAGGGCUUACAAAGCGGCUCCAUGAGCCAGGUGGACGAGACAUUUGAACAAAUGACGACAAAAGCCAUCAGGUACUACGGUGGGGACACGAACUUGCUUUCCCAUAGUGCGCUCCAAGAUUGGCAACCGACCGUGUCGGGAAAUCCCUGGCUCUUCUCUGGUGAGCUGGCGCCCAUCAGCAGUCUCAUCCAAGAUGCAAACAAAAGAGCUUCUAUGGAGCUGGCCGUCACCAACCACCUUCUGCUUGCAUACUUGACAGAGCUGGCCAGGAUCGUCUAUGCCCUGCGUUCACGUUAUACCACUUUUCACGUGUUAGACUCGCUCAUCUCCAGAAUCCAAACUCUCCAAAGCACGCGUACGUUGAACAAGCUAGAGGUAGAGAAACUCGAUGAAGAAAUUGCGGAACAGACCAAAAUUCCGGCAUGGUUCACGGACGGAACCACACUUUGCUAUCGUUGGUAUGCGGACGGGAACGGCGGGCAGUGCGGAGGUGGGGCAGCCCAGUUGCUCUGUGCCAAACCCAGUCAGAUGACAAGUGUUUAUAGGGAUGAUUCCGACAACAGGGGCGGCGGAUGUAGAAUGAGCUGGAGCAUUCAGUCCUCACACCAGCCCCACUGGUUCAACUCGGUCAGAGUCUGCUUCCGAUGGUACCCUGACGGGGACGGUGGUCAGUGCGGGGCGGGCGUUGAUCGCCUCCUGUGUGCACCGGUCAACGACUGGACCCCGUACUAUCGCGACGACACGGACAGACGAGGCGGCGGUUGCCAAAUGUCGUGGAUGCUGGAAGUACCCAGUUCCGCUCCGGUCUGGCUCCAGAAUGUGAAGAUGUGCUUCUCCUGGUACCCGGACGGUGAUAGUGGCCAGUGCGCUGCGCCCAGUCGAAACCUUUGCGCCAUCAGCAACUCUUGGACAGAGUACUAUCGGGACGACACGGAUAAUAGGAGUGGAGGUUGUCGCAUGAGUUGGGGCCUCUAUUUGAACUGA